GUGUGUUCUGGAGUUUGGGAAUGUGUUUUGUGUUAUUUUUGUUUGAGCAGGUAUUUGUGAUGAUAGAUCUUGAGAAGAUCUUUCCGAUGCAACAAGAAUCGCUUCAAUCGGAGCAAGAACGCGAAAGCUAUGAAGAUUCAAAGUUCAUGAGCUUGCGUUACAAUUGCGGCGGUUACAAAGUGAAGUUGUGGGGUGACUCUAUAUGGAAUUGGGACCUUUGGGGUUGGGGAAAUUUGUCACUCUACUGUAACAGCUGCAAAUUGGUUGGGAACUACCAAGCUAGGUUGGCAAGGGUGGCCAACUUGGAUGGAUUGGUUGGGAAGGGACAAAUGUCAAAGUUGGGGUUCCUAUAGGGAGGGAAUCUUUGUGCUUGUGGGGUUUCCUUGAGCGAUAUUAAGGACAUUGAGAGGAGUAUACAGAAGUGUGAAGACCCUUCUAGACCCACCAUGGCGUGUGGGUGUGCCUAAGUGGUGUUCUAAAGGUUGGAUGUGACUUCCGCUAAGGGGAAAUUCUGCCGAAAUUUCGUGGGCGCCAACACUUGUGAAAAUAUCGAGGGAGCUGAGUGUGGACAGCAAAGGGGAGCUGAAAUUCGUCAUUUCUCAAGGAGAAGAUGAAUGAGAGAGGAGGAGACGCUAAUGGAAGAGGAGCUCCCAACACUCUCCCGAUGGUGAUCAUGCUCGAGAAGGAACUUGCUGCCAUCUUCAUGCGACCAGGGGACGAUGUGAAGCCGGUCCUUGACAAGAUCAAGGACACCUAUGCAAGGAUGGCAGCAGCGGCCAGCAGUGUUUCUCAGCUGCAGCAGCGCACCAAGAUCAUCUCGGUGUUGGACAACUCUUGGGACAACCUCAUCCCCACCCUCAACUCUCAGCAAGAUCAAUGGACACCUGAUCACAUGACCCCACGGGCAGAUUUGCUUGAUGAGGUAAAACCCCCUGGGAAGAUUAAGUAUGUGGCAGCAGCGUCCGGUGCUUUGCUCCCUAAGAGCAUGGCCGAAGUGACCUUUGGACCAACCAGCUGCCGUGCUAAGCUUGGGAAGAAGGUGCUGUGGAGUUUGGAAGAGGAGACCAGCUGCAUCAAGGACCUGUGGCAGCUGCCCAUCAUCCCUUGGAAUGGGAAGACUCCAACAGCAGCAACGGCAGCAGCGGCAAAGGCAACAGCAGGAGGAGAUGCAACUGCACCAACUGAUGGGGUUCUGGAAGCAGUCAAGAAAGUGCAGCAACAGCAGACACAUGGCGAGAUGCUUGCUGCUGUGAACAUGCUGAGGGCAUUUGGGUGCAUGGUGGUGUUUCAUGUGCCUCAGGAGAAAAGGGGGAAGUUGGAAGCUUCUGGAAGAUGGGGUGUGCACUUGGGGAUUGCAAAGGAUCAUAAGGGGUGGCUGCUAUGGGACUUGACCACCCAGAAGCUGACAGUGUCAAGGGAUGUGAAGUUUCUUGAGUCCCUGUACUACAAGGAAUGGAAGCAGCAGCAACAAAAGCUUCCAUCUACACCGCUAAUUGUGGAGGCAGAUGAGGUGCAGCGGCCUUCAAGACAGGUGGAGGUUGCAGUGUCUGAGGAGGAGAUGUCUGGGGUGUCUGAGGAAGGGGGAGCAGCUGAAGUGGAGCAGCAGCAGCAGCAUGAGUCUCCACCUCGAGUUCCACACCCGCCUGAGCGACCUAGGAGGGAUGUGCGCCCUCCGGUGAGGCUGACCUAUGGGGGAAGAGGCAAGCCGAAUGUGGUGCAGGCUGGGAGUGUGGUUGAGCAGAUUGAGGAAGAUGAGAUUGCAUUGUGCUAUUGGGCUACAAUUCCUCAGCCCAAGGUACUGACGCUAGCUUCAACUCAGUGAAAGCGGAUGGCACCAGCAUUGGGGGUUAUGUGUGCUUGCUAGGAGGUGGUGCUGUGAGCUGGCGCAACAAGAAGCAGAAUGAGUGAAGCUAGCCAAGAAUGCUUGUCUGCAUGGGCUGACAAAACACAUAAGGCCUAAGUGGCACUGGGUGAGGAGACUCCUUGAUAAGGAGGUGCGGCUGGAGAUAGUGAAGACCCAUCAGCAGGCAGCAGAUAUUUUUACUAAGCGUCUGACGGAGGCGGAUCAUUGGAAGGGCAUGAAGCUUGCUGGGAUGAGUGUGCAUUGAGUAUGCAUGCUUGAAAUGUUGGUAUGGUGGAUGAUGGUUGGCAGCCAGAGGGGGAGAUUGUUGUGUGAUGUCAUCAUAUGCUAUCACAUUCUGUCUGCCUCCCAUCCCUUGUUUCAAUUCGCAUGUAUGGUUUGACUCUGUGUGAAAGAAGUUGUGUGGUGUGUGUUCUGGAGUUUGGGAAUGUGUUUUGUGUUAUUUUUGUUUGAGCAGGUAUUUGUGAUGAUAGAUCUUGAGAAGAUCUUUCCGAUGCAACAAGAAUCGCUUCAAUCGGAGCAAGAACGCGAAAGCUAUGAAGAUUCAAAGUUCAUGAGCUUGCGUUACAAUUGCGGCGGUUACAAAGUGAAGUUGUGGGGUGACUCUAUAUGGAAUUGGGACCUUUGGGGUUGGGGAAAUUUGUCACUCUACUGUAACAGCUGCAAAUUGGUUGGGAACUACCAAGCUAGGUUGGCAAGGGUGGCCAACUUGGAUGGAUUGGUUGGGAAGGGACAAAUGUCAAAGUUGGGGUUCCUAUAGGGAGGGAAUCUUUGUGCUUGUGGGGUUUCCUUGGUUGGGGACUCUCUUGGGACCUUCCCUCUCAUCCCUCUCUUCUAUCCCGACCUUUCUCUUGCUC